AUGCUUUCACCUGAGGAUUUGAUGGCUGAAUUGAAAAAUAAGCAACUGCCUACUUUCGGAACAAACUAAGAACGAAGGGACAGAUUGAGAAAGUUUCAUGGUAUUGACCCUCUGCCCAGAGAUUAAAGUUACGAUCUCGGAUAUGGAUAAGAUAACCAAAUGUUCAAUGGCAAGUAACCACUACAAUAAUAGCAAUAAUUCCCAAACAUCUAGCCAGUAUAACAAUAAAAAGCCUAAGAAUAUUAAAGUGAAAAGCAGAAUAAUGUAGGAUAACCUCCGAUUCAAAGAAAGCUUUCAGUCUUGGAGAAUAUCCAGAAGAUGUAGCAGCAACGUGAAGACAGGAGAGUUAAAAUAGAAGAAUAGAGAGCUAACAAAAAGCAAAGAGAACUCUAAAACGAAGCAGCAGGAAUAAAGGUUGAUGCUGAUUUUGACUUGAUGAUUGAGAAGUCUCGUUUAUCCUAAAAGGAUGCUAAUCCUCAUACCUCUACAGUCAAUAUGAAAAUCUCUGUUUGCGUUCGUAAGAGGCCUAUCUUUGCGAAGGAAUCUUAGUCAGGAGAAAUUGAUGCAGUUUCAGCUGCUAAUCCCCUGAUAAGAGUUCAUGAACCUAAGUUUCGUGUUGAUGGAAUCACUAAGUUUGUUGAGAAUCAUAAUUUCACUUUUGACAAUACAUUCUCAGAUCUAGAAUCAAACGAUCAAUUGUACCGAGCAGCCAUCUAGCCAACAAUACAUUUCCCAUUUAACAGAGGUAUUGUUACUUGCUUUGCCUAUGGAUAAACGGGCAGUGGCAAAACUUUCACAAUGAAAGGCAGCAAUGAGGCAGCGAUUAGAGAUAUUUAUGCCCUUGCUAAGACUUAGUAUGCUGAUAAGUAACCUAAGUUUUACAUAUCAUUUUUCGAAAUUUACGGUGGGAAACUAUUCGAUUUACUUAAUGGAAGAGCUAAGUUAGCAGUGCUUGAGGAUAAAAACUAGAAAAUUCAAAUCUAGGGUCUUGAGGAAAAGCUAGUUGAUUCAGAAACUGAUAUGAUAUCUAUGAUCGAGUUUGCUCACUCAGAGAGAACAACUCAUGCAACAGCGUCGAAUGACACUUCCUCAAGAUCUCAUGCCAUUUGCUAGAUUCAAGUUAAGGAAGGAAAUGGCAAAUUAAUGGGAAAGUUAUUCCUCGUCGAUUUAGCUGGCAGUGAAAGAGCUGCAGACUGCCAAAGUAACAAUAGACAAAGAAGACUUGAAGGUGCUGAAAUUAAUAAGAGUUUAUUGGCUUUGAAGGAGUGUAUUAGAAGUUUAGAUAUGAGAAAACAUAACUAGGAUGUGCAUAUCCCUUUCAGAGCGAGUAAAUUAACUAUGGUCUUGAGAGACUCAUUCAUGAUGAAUGCAGAAAAAACCAGAAUCAUCAUGAUUGCUUGUAUAUCUCCUGGAAGUUCAAGUGCUGAUCAUACAAUAAAUACUCUGAGAUAUGCAUCAAGAUUAAAAGAAAAUCCUGGAUAAGGAGGCUUGGAACUUGCUCAUAACCCAUUAUAGUAAAAUCAUCAGUAGCAUGUUCCACAACCAAUCAGCUAGCCACCAGCUCCAAUUAGAUAUCAGCCACCUCCCUAACAAUAACAGCAAUAAUAGUAAUAAAUAAACCAAAGGCCCUAAUCUUCUAUAAUUCAUUAGGAUAAGCCUGAUUCUUAGAUAGGAGGACUUAGAGCAAGAGGAAUCGGUGGUGGAGGUGGACUAGCUAAUGUGGGUAGAAUGAUUAUGGAAAGUGGUUCUAAAUAAAAUCUAACUUCAGUUGAAGAAUAAAAGCAACCACCAAUUAGAAAGCAAUGGGGCGAUCCAUAGAGCUAAUAGUAACAAUAGCAACAAAGAAGACCACCUAUUCCUGUCCCACAGUCCAACAGCAACAUCAGAUAGUAAUUGCCUCAUAAUAUUGGAUAAAAUAACAACAAGUACAGAAAUGAGGUUGAUGCUAUUGAGAAUGCUAAAUUGGAUAACAUCAAGGUAAGAGAGCAUGACGAGUUGGAUGACGACAGUGAUGGUUCUGAAAUCGGUGGAGACAGAGAAGAUGAGGAUGACAAGCUUAAAGCUCAGUAGAGACUAAAAUCCAAAGCUCAAUAAGACUGGAACUACCUAAAGCAAACAUUAGGAGGAAAUAAAAAUAACGGUGGAUGGAAGAACUAGCAGUUACCAACUCAGGAAGAACUAGAAGAUGGAAUGAAUAACGAGGACAUUCUUGAUUUGCAUGAGAAAGUAGACAAUAUUCUCGAAAAAGAAGAAGAACUGAUAAGCCAGCAUAUGCAUCUAAUUAAAGAAAAUGCUUAGCUCUUGACUAAAGAAGGAGAACUCAUCUCCUAUGUUCAAGAGAAUGAUGAAUAUGAAGUGGAGGAGUACGUAGAGAAAAUGAGCAUGAUAGUGGAAAGAAAGCUGGACAUUUACAAGUUGCUUAACAACAAACUCUAAGAGUUUAAGAAGUACCUCAGAGAAGAGGAGGAAGUUCACAACAUGACUGUCAAUAAAGGCGGCUUUGCACAAAAAAGAUGA